UUCAGCAGUUUCACAAUAAACUUGAGCGCAAUGUCUGCAGGAACACCUCAAAACAGACACCAGGUCAGCAAACAGACCCUCUGGCAAAACUUCAGACUGUGUACCCUGAUGUCCAGCAUCACAAAGAAAACAAGCGGAGCAAUCGGCAACUUCAGGCAAAUAAAUCUCUCAAUUACAACAAUCUUUAUAUCAUUUGUAUGUUGUAAUGUAUGAAUACAAUUACAACAUAUUUUUUUUAAAUGGGCACAUCAUACACUGCAUCGACUGAUUCACUUUUACGUUUGUCAAUCAAUAUGUGAACAGUUCAGAUCCAAAGUACCACCUGACGUUUUUCUUCUAAAAUGACUAUUUUUAUCAGGCUAUGAUGUUUAUAUUAAAAGUCACUUUAAUGACAAAGAGCACAUAUUCAUUGCAAUUGAAGUAAAAUCCCUAACCCAUGGGUUUCAGUAUUGAACCCAUCAUUACUGUUACUGAUCAUGUGAUUUGUCAGAAGUGGACUUUUUUAACUAGCUCGGCUUUUCUUCUGUGGAACACAACUGAAGAUAUUGUGAGAAAUGUCUCUGUGGUUUUGUGUCCAUACAAUGACAUCAAUGGGGGCCAAUGUUCUUUGGGUCCCAGUGUUUUUAAAAAUAUUUUCUAGGGGGUGGAGCAGAAUAAAGUAAGUCGUACAGGUUUGGAAAUUGGAAUGACAUGAGGGUGAGUAAACGAUGAAUCAAUUGUUCAUGUGUCUUAAUUAAUGUUGCCACAGUAUUAUUUUCCCCAUUCCAGCCAAGUGCGUAAUAUAGAGGGUAUGGACGUAUCGUUACUUUACAACGUGAACACCACGAGAGCACCGCGGCCUCCUGGGUUGCAAAACAUUCCUAUAAGUCGUAGUGAAGCCGUGUGGAUCACCGUCUCAUCCAGCUGCUUGUAAUUUCAGCAAAUAAUUGCAUGUUUUAGUCCCGGUUUCUUUUUUUCCCAUUCUCCUCAGCCAACAUGCUGGGUGUUUUGCCACCGAGGGCAGCGUAUCCUACGGCAUGUCCCGACAUUUUCAAGAGGGAAAGUGACGUUGAUGCAUGCCCUCUAUACUUGCAUGUUGUCAUUCAUCAUCUAAUCUGAAGGAUCAAGACCGAAGCCAUCUGGUGCCCAGGGAAGAAAAAAAAGAAGAGAAGAGGAAGAAAAACGCGAAAAAGACAGAGAUGCACUUUUGAAAUAUCUGAACCCCGUCCCUGCAAAUCCUGGGCCACCUGUUGCAGACAUCUCCAUCUCAGCACCGCCCAGCGAUUCAGCAUCAAGCACAUCUCUUCCCUCCACUUCAGCACCGCCCAGUGAUUCAGCAUCAAGCACAUCUCUUCCCUCCACUUCAGCACCGCCCAGCGAUUCAGCAUCAAGCACAUCUCUUCCCUCCACUUCAGCACUGCCCAGUGAUUCAGCAUCAAGCACAUCUCUUCCCUCCACUUCAGCACCGCCCAGUGAUUCAGCAUCAAGCACAUCUCUUCCCUCCACUUCAGCACCGCCCAGUGAUUCAGCAUCAAGCACAUCUCUUCCCUCCACUUCAGCACCGCCCAGUGAUUCAGCAUCAAGCACAUCUCUUCCCUCCACUUCAGCACCGCCCAGCGAUUCAGCAUCAAGCACAUCUCUUCCCUCCACUUCAGCACUGCCCAGUGAUUCAGCAUCAAGCACAUCUCUUCCCUCCACUUCAGCACCGCCCAGCGAUUCAGCAUCAGUUUACAAAAAGGCUGCACUAUUAGACCCUGCUGACUGGCCAUCUGUUUUAAUUGAGAAGAUUGGUUUUUAUCCUGGAUUUAGUUUGGUUCCAAACCAUACCGACUUCGAUGGCGAGCCUGUCCCAGUGAGUGAUAUUCUACAGAAGGAACGUUUGGACGCAGUGUGGCCAGCUGUGUCGGAUUCUCUUCUGCGGAGUGACUGAACUGAUUUGUAUCCAGACUUUGGAUUCCAUGGAUUCCAGAUAAGGAAACUUGAAUGUGUUUCGGUUUACUACCCGGGUAGAUUGACUUUCUAUUUUUCAGAGGACAAUUUAUUUUGUUUUCCUAUUGUUUUACUAAAAGAAAGAGCUCUAUUUUAUUUUGGGGUAUUUUCUAAUGUGAGACAAAAUCAUUCUGUGAAUAGUGUGUUGCAAAGUGAUUGUGUAAUAAACCUGCCAGCUGUUCUGUUUAAAAAAUUAAGUCUUCUUGUGAGUCUUGUCAAUUACUGCUCAGAGCCUAGGUACUAGAUAUAUAGCUACCAUUCUAAUUCAGGUUAGAGGUGCUACAUAAGCAAGAGAUGGCACUCGCUGAGGCAGAGAGAAACAGGUGGCGAGAUGUGCUUACCAGACUAGUGGCAAUUAUUCAGUCCUUAGCUGAAAGAAACAUUGCUUUAAGGGGAUCCACAGACACAUUAAACAAACCAGACAAUGGCAAUAUUCUUAAAGAGGUGGAGCUAAUGGCCAAAUUUGACCCAAUAAUGAAGCAGCAUGUUGGUAGGGUGGAAAGUGGAGCUGGAAGUCACACACAUUACCUGGGCAAAAGAAUCCAAAAUGAAAUCAUAGACUCAAUAAGCACAAAAAUACUGGAAAAAAUAUUGGAAGAGAUCAAGACCUCAAAGUAUUUCUCCAUCAUUUUAGAUUGCACCCCUGAUCUGAGUCAUAAAGAACAGCUCUCUGUCAUUGUCAGGAUUGUUUCACUGGAAGAAGAAUUGCCACAAAUUAAAGAACAUUUCAUGGGCUUUGUUGUGGCAGAGGAGUCAACCGGGGAAAGUUUUUCUGCUCUCAUCCUCAAAAGACUAGAGGAGCUGAACAUCCCCUUUGAGGACUGCAGAGGACAAUCCUACGAUAAUGGUGCCAACAUGAAGGGAAAGAAUAAAGGUGUUCAGGCUAGGCUGCUUCAACUGAACUCAAGGGCCUUUUUUGUCCCAUGUGGUGCCCACUCCUUAAAUUUGGUGGUAGCUGAUGCUGCUAAGAGCUCACCAGAUGCCAUUGGCUACUUUGGAUAUGUAGCAAAAUUGUUCAAACUCUUCUCAGCCUCCACCCAUAGAUGGGAUAUCCUCCUGAAACACGUCAAAACCACCCUGAAAUCAUGGUCAGAGACCAGGUGGGAAAGCAGGAUAGACAGCAUCCAGGCAGUAAGGUACCAGGCUGGGCAAGUCAGAGAUGCUCUUCUGGAGGUGAGGGAAACUAUUCAAGACCCUGUUGUGAAAGUUGAAGCCCAGUCUUUGGCUAAGGAGAUUGGAUCCUACCGCUUCUCUAUUUGCACAGUCAUUUGGUAUGAUAUUCUCAACAAGAUCCAGCAUGUGAGUAAACAGAUGCAAUCACCCUCCAUGCAGCUAGAUGUGGCAGUUGACAUGCUGAAAAAAAACAGGGAAUCUCUUGACGGCUAGAGAAAUACUGGAUUUUCUAGUGCACAGGCAACAGCCAAGGAAAUGUGUGAGGAGAUGAACGUGGAAGCUGUAAUCAAACAAAAGCGGUUGAGAACCACAAAAAGGCACUUUGGUUACGAGGCUCCAGAUGAGCCUAUUGGUGAUGCACUUAAAAAAUUGGAAACAAAUUUUUUUAAUGUAGUCGUGGAUACAGCCCUCUCUUCACUAGAUGAGAGAUUUCAGACCCUGGCGGAGGUGAAUGACAAAUUUGGAGUUCUCCUCAACUUUCCCAACAUGUCCAAAGAUGGGUUGUUAGAGCACUGUCAAACCCUGAGCACAGCUUUAAGCCAUGAUGGACAGCCAGACAUUGAUGGCAGAGAACUUGUAUUAGAAAUGCAAAACUUUCCACAUCUGCCAUCAAAAAAUAUGACAAACAUUGAGCUCCUGACUUUCCUGCACAAGAAGAAGCUGAUGGAAAUUUUCCCCAAUAUGUGGGUCGCUCUGAGAAUCUUUGCCACUCUACCUGUGACAGUCGCUGCUGCUGAAAGGAGCUUCUCUAAGCUCAAACUGAUUAAAAACUACCUGAGAUCUACAAUGGCUCAAGAACGUCUCAGUGGACUUUCAGUCAUUAGCAUAAAUCAUGUAGUCUCACAGC